UUGGUACCCGGAAUAAAAUUACCAGUUCCACAGGAUUGCUCAUCAGCGUUUGAAAGAGUCGCGCUUCCCCCGAGAGCGGGACGGUUAACAGUACCGGAGCUGGCCCGUGAGGCGUGUGCGAUAUCCACGCUGAGCGACGUUCAUACUCUCGGGGAGUUUGGAAACCGGCGCCGGAGUGACAGCAAGGAGGCGGGGAUAAACGGACGGAAAUGGGCCAACAUGGCCCCCUCACACACAAACGCGUUGCCGGCUACUACACAACACGGAUAUCAUCGAUAUAGCUUUACAAAGCGUACAUCACAAGAUGCACUCAUACCGACCAUGGGUUGUACAUUCUUUCUACCACUGUUACAGCUGAUUGUUACACUCCUUGCUCUUAGCGAGUGUCUUCCCAUCCCGACGGGAGGGACCACCCCGGGUAUCACAUCUCAGUACCCCGCCACCAAUGCAUUGCCCGUACCAAUCACAGCUGAUGCCACGAGGGCGGUCAUUCAAAGCAUGGAGAAACUUUGGAUCCAAAGAUUCGAGAAUUCGGACUAUUUUAAACAAUUGCCGAAAGGUCUCCAAGAGGAUGUGAAAGAAUUUUUGAACUCAAGGACCCGAAAUAUUCUUCAGGGGGACCAAAGUUUGACUUCUCAGGAAAAUAAUUUAAGGAAAAAUAUCCCUCGCCCCCAUGGAGGGGAUUCGCUAUCUGUAACGGACUCUCUUAAGUCGAACGAAAUCACAUUAGAAGCGAAACGUAAUGGUCAAGAUAGUUUGGACAAGUCUAAAAGUAAUAACGUAACAGUGGUUGUUGGGCCGACGAGGCCUGGGCAUCGGUCAAGGAGGAGCUAUGGACGAUCGUAUCUGGACAAUAGGAUAUCUCCGUACCUCUCUGGGGGCCCCAUUGACAUAACAUACACCCAUGUUGUGCCAUGCGUGUAUGCUGAUCGGUACUACUGCCUAAACGGGGGAACAUGCGUGUUUGUGGGAGCGCUGGACUUAAAAACCUGCAGGUGCCCGAUGGGCUACACGGGUCUCCGCUGUGAAAUGAUUGACCAGGAGUACAUUCUCAGCCUUCUCACCAAUUCUAUCAUGUUCGACUGAAGCAACAAGUGGGUGACCGAACGGAAAACGCAGACGACUAUUGGUUGGCAUCAAUUGUGGCGCCGUAGCCUGUCAUUCGCCUCACUCGCUCCUUUGCUGUCUUUUGCCAGUCGGUCUGUUGUCCCUGGCAACAAGCUGGACCAGACCGGGCUGCCAUCUUCUGGCGAAAACCUACAACUGAUGGAUGGCGGGCCGUCACUAGAAGACUCCGAGCUGAAUGUCUUUGUGAUGGGUAUCUUUAUUGCGACGGAUCAUGGAUGUUGGGGCCUUCUUUUGAAGUGUGGUAAUUGCAGCUUCAAUCUCGCCACGGUUGGGGAACGCUUGCUGCUGUAACAGAAUUUUCCUCAUAUAAGUCCCUCCCCUCUCGGUCCCCUCCCUUUAUACUUAAGGCUGCAAAUCGGUUGCAUGUUUUGUGAGGAACGGUGAUCGUAGUGGACUGAAAACGCCAUACAAUCAAGAGCGGCCAUAUUUUCACCAAUAAAUUUCCCGCCACUUGGCUCACGUGAUAUGGUGUCGUCUGAUUCCCUCCCGAUCCUUGCUCUUCCAACCACGUGAUUUUCGUGCAUCCUGUCUUAUUUAAUUUGCUGUAAAUCAAGAAACUGACCGACCAGUCUUCAUAUAAUUUCUCUAAGUCCACUGAGGAGUGUGUUUGUAGUGAUGGAAUGUGGGACGGGAUCUGCACGUGCAUAUAUACCCAGAGGACAUGUUGUGCACGUGAGGAGAAGGAGGAUGUCGAAAGGAAAAGGAACUAUGGCGUCCUCUCACUGCCGUGGUCAUAUGGUGGAUAUAUUGUGCGAAGGUGAGGAACUUCAUCAAUUCAACUUCGUUUUGUUUGAGACCUCAACAAGCAUUGCGUGCAUAAUGACACGGAAGGUUGCUGAUUGAGUGCUUCGAGGUGACUUCUUGGAUGAACUUGGGCGGACCAUUUCAAAUGUUGACCCGCCCCAAUUUAUCACGUGAUGUUUGUCACGUGGUUACGGGUAACGGGUACGGUUGUGAGCACACGUGACUCGGUUUGUCUAAGGAAAAUGACAAUGUCCCGUAGGCUUUUUUUAGGAUUUCAUAACAUGGGACAUUGUUCGUAUUCACGGAUAAGAGAGAGACAGUGCUCAUAUUGUUAUUAUUGAAAUCUGUUGCUUUCUAAAGACAGAAUCUGAACAGUUAUGACAGAAUCAGGAGGUUCCCUCAUGGAAUCCGAGACCCUACAUCGUCUUUAAUUGUAUUGAUGUCAGUUCUUUAUGUUGAAAUAACAUCAUUGGACUAAAUGGCGACAUUUAGGUCACCUUGACUGUCAUAUUGACCUGACCUUGACCUGAACUCUUUUAAAUGACCAGCUAGGGUCAAGGUGACUUUUUGAGCGACACCUUUCACAUGACACGACAUCUCGCCUUUGGUGAGACAACAGGUAGAUUUGCCUCAGGCUUUAGUCCUGGUUUGACCUUCGAUCUGUAUGUAUAUUUGGCUCUUGAGUAUUAUGAUUAUGACAAGGGGACGGAAACAAUCUGAUCUGAAUACACUCGCAUAGUUAGGUAGAAUCAUUUCAAAGAAACGGAGCGCACACGAAUAAACAACUGUUAUUAAAAGAUAUUACAUUUGUGAACAGAAAAUAUCACAUCUUAGGGAUAGUCGUUAUUUUGUAUUAAGCAAUACUCAACUUUUAAGUACACACAAUCAAUAACCACGAGUAUCCCUCAGUUGAACAUUUUAACAUCUUUCAAAGCAAGCUGAAAUAGGAAAAAAUAAUUGUUUGAUUCGCUUGCGCUCCGUUUCGGUAGUCUCUGCACAAGAUUGAUAGUUUUGCAAACAAUGGUUGUGACACUUAAGGUGUUAAUGUAUUGUCGUGAAAGUUAUUGGAAUAACAAUUUACAACACGAUAUUUGCAUAUGGCAGUUUCUAGAUUGGGUAGAGGACUGUAAAUGGCCGAAGUACAAGAGAACCAAAUGUGAGUCAUAUGUCUAAAGGUUAUUUUUGUAGAUUUAAUUACAUUGACACCCCCUCGUAAAACUCCCAUUUCUUCUCCAUACACAUUUAACAUUAGCUCAACAAUGAAUUAAGGGACCUACAACUACAACAAUAUGUUAUCUACAUGCACAUACUGUUCAAAACAAAAGCCCAGUUGAUCGCGACUGAAUCGCGUCAUUUUCGCGCCUCGGUUGCAACUUGGGAUUUUUGUAAUGGCUGGAAGUACAACCGCAAACGUUCCCACGUUCGCGACCGUGACGCGAAACAUUCGCGCCCUGGUCGAGAUCGAGAGAGCGUUUGUUUUCAACAGUGUAUUCGUACCUGGCUGUAAAAAGUACUAUGUUAUAUUUGUUGGUGUACUGUUUUCUAAUAUUCAGAUUAUUUGCCUUGAGCAAAGAGAAGUUGAUUUUUUAUGACGUAAUUUGCUUGUUAAAUGGUGUCCCGUCUUCUUGUAACGUCUGGUGUCUCUAUCUCCCCCUAAAACAAUCCAUGUCAACAGCUCGCGCAUAAAACUACAGAGGCACGUGCUGAAAACGCUAUUUUCACCAACACAAACUGGCCUUUCUUUAGCCGUUUAUUAAAAUCAGAUAAAAUAGUAUCCACGUUUCAUAACAUUUGCGAUUUGGUAUGCCAUUUACUUCGCGGAAUGUGUUUUUCAGGGCCUCGUUCCGUGAAGUGAUUUUAACACUGUGGCUGAAGCAUAUCUAUGAUUACCAUAUGUGAAUGUUAUGUUAAAGGUAGGUUUCGGCAAGGUGUCAGUGAGAGGAUCCGGUAGCAUUGAAAGUUGGAAUUUGGAGCUUUAGCAUCUUAACAUCUCGAGUGAAGUACAGUGCCACUGUAGGAAUUGGCGUAAUAUCACAGCUGCUUGGAUGAGCGAUUCUAGUAGUUCGAAAUAUACCAGCGCAAUUUCUUUCUUAAUUUGUAUUUAUUUUUAAGCUAAUGUAUCUCUGCAUGUUAUGAAAAUACUAACGAUUUAAAAACUUAUUGAUUACGUUAAGACAAAAUCACCUACUUUACUAUAUUGUCAGGAUAUGUUUUUUUGAAUGUGGAUAGGUUCUGAAAUUGCUGAUAUUGCUGAAAUUCGUCACCGGAGGGGAAAUGUAUUUUGGAAGGGGUUAUGAGGAUUGAAUUUUAAACGCGCUGGGUUUGCAGUUGUACGCUUUAUAUUUUCAUACCGAAUGCUUUCUUCACAGGGAAAUGUUUCUGUUGGUUACGGUUCAUAGUAUAUACUUUAUAAAAGUUAUAACAAUUUACGAAUUGUUUAGGUCCUACGUUUGGUUCUGGGUUUAUGAAAACGUUUAUGCCUAGUGCUUACAAGGUCACAGAAGGGUGGUUGGUAUUAAACUACGAAACGACCAUCUGCCAAAUUCACACCUGUCAACAGAAAUAUGUCGUUGUUGAUGUUGAAUCUGUCAGAUGGUGCGUUCAUACGGAUAUCUGCUGCUUUCCGAUGCUUUCUUUUACUCUUUAGCAGGGAUUAUAUAAACUGACAUGCUUGUUCACUCGUGAAUGAAAACAUACCUGUCAUGCGAGUUAUCUCCCCUCGAUUUGACCUCCAGCGCUCACUGUCAGUUGUCCACCAAUUUUACAUAGAUAUCUUAAUGUACAAAUAUCUCACAAAUAUACAAUCUAUCGCUUUCAUCUGUGUGCAGAUAGUGCUGCCUUCCAUAUCAUGAUAUUUCAGACAACUUUAGUGUGAAGAUAUUCAAGGGGAGAUAACUGCGCUUUGUGCUUCUUAUGAACUCUAUAUGACGAAGAUUGACAGAGUGUCUCGUGCUAAUGUGGAUGUACAAAGUCUUUCUUAUAAGGAAAUUAAAGGACAGUUAAUUUUC